AUGCACAUCGUCAACCUGCUGCCUGCCUUGUUGGCCACCAUCCCCGUUGUUGCCGCCAGCCCCGCUGCCACCAGCCCCGCUGCCACGUCCAGAGGUACUCUGGGGUUGGCCCUGGGUGACAAGAACGCGGACGGCAGCUGCAAAGCAACCAGUGAUUACGAGGCUGAUUUCGAGGCGUUGAAGAGUGUUACGAACAUCGUCCGUAUCUACUCUGCGAGCGACUGCAAUACUGCUCAGAAUAUUAUUCCUGCCGCAAAGCUCAAGAAUUUCAAGGUCGUCUUGGGUGUCUGGCCGGAUACCACCGAUUCUUUCAACAGUGAUCUCAAUGCCUUGAAGCAGUCUGUUCCUGGCAAUGAAAAUGUCGUCAGCGCAAUCACUGUCGGCUCAGAAGUUCUCUACCGCAACAGUCUUACUGCCCAACAGCUUCUGAGCCUCAUCCAGCAAGUGCAGGCUCAGUUCCCAAACGUGGCCGUGGGCACUGUGGAUAGUUGGAAUAAAUUUGCAGAUGGAACUGCUGAUCCCAUCAUUCAAGGCGGUGUCACGUACUUAUUGGCCAAUGGGUUCGCUUACUGGCAGGAUGUUUCUAUCGACAAUGCCCACUCCGUCUAUUUCAGUGAUGUCAACGAUGCGAAGAACCAUAUACUCCAAGUCGCUGGCUCAAAUGCUAGCAAGAUUCGCUUCGGUAACGGCGAGACUGGCUGGCCGACCGAUGGAGGAUCGGACUAUGGCCAAAACUCCAAAGCCGGCACCAAGAAUGCUGAGACGUAUUACCAAACGUCUGUCUGCGACAUGCUAGCCUCGGGAGUAGACGUCUUUUACUUCGAGGCUUUUGACGAGUCGUGGAAGCCCAAUAGCGUUGGAGACAACGGCCAGUCGAUGGAUGAGAAACAUUGGGGACUCUUCACUGCCGAUCAUCUAGGUCCCUCCGCAUCUUCCGCCAAUUCGGCGCUUUCUCCGCCGCCGCCGCCGCCAUCUUUCACCCAACCGUUCAGUCUCCGGGUUGAUUCGCACUUGACUGUCCCAUUGACCUCGUUUCCUACCUCGCCCCAAACGUCAAGCCUUUCGGUUGCUGGAUCCCCUGGCCGGUCGAUCUCCCGCAGCGUUACGCCGAACCCCCCGAACUCACUGCCCAUCCUACCCAAAUAUCGAGGCGCUUGGGAAUCCUCGACCUCAUCACCGGAGAAUAGAAGGGCAGAGAGCAGCGUCUACUACACAACCGCCUGGGGCUCACCGUAUGCUGCACCUAGCCCUCGGACAAUUUCGUGGUCAUUGAGUCAGUCCGCCGUUGCUGUAGAUCGUGGUUCCGGAAAUAGCUCUCCGGCCUCGAUGCGCAGUGGUGUCCAACACGGUCUUGAAACGAAUCAAUCCGACCUUUUGAGACCUUCUGCCCGAGACAACUCAACCCGACGCCCAUAUAGCCGUCUGCUGAGUCGGUCCCCGUUCGGUAGGAAAGGAGGGAAAUCGAUCAAGGACUUCACGCAGGACUGGAUCAACCAGUACCUCUCAGGUCAACCCAGAACAGAGCGUGGUAACUGGCUGAGUGACGAUUCAGGAAGCGAAGCUCCCUCGUUCUUUACAGCGCAGAACUUCGCAGAAGACACUUCUGACGACUGGCUGGGUCUGGAACAGGACGCUCUCGACGAAGACCUCCUGAGAACCCCAACGCUCGCCGACUUUGGAAGCCGGAAAACAGCCACUGGUCGCGGAGAAGGCAGUAAGAGGAGUAAAGACUCUCUGCACAAAAGAACGGAUACGUUACGGCAGGAGGACUUUUGGGGUUUCGCCUACGAUAAGGACCCCCCGUUGAUAACCAUGGAUUCCACAGACGCACACGUCCCCGCCGGGCCGUCGCAACCGCAGGCACCGCCAUCCUUAUCGAUCGAGAAACCGCUGCCCCCACCCCCCGCAGACGAAGUCACAGAUACACCGACCAGUGCAGAACAUCCGCAAGAGCCCGUCGAUUCUCCAGCCGUGAAAAGCCUCGGAUCAGAGCAGACCAUUGUUCAACCGCUGGUACAACGACAACGGAAGAAGCUGAUUUGGCGUGGCAAAGUAUGCAAUAUCGCGCUGCCGUUCGAUGACAGGAGAGGCACAGAGGAGUCUGGAUAUCGGCUCCUGACUGUCGAUGAUGUCGAAGAGCGAUUGCGGAGUCUUGAAGAACAAGGGUACGACACCCGCGGGUUCAGUGUUUGCGCGUCAGAUGACUUAACGGAUUUGGGACUGGGUGGUCUGAGUCGCCCAAUAUUUCCGGAUCCGCGAGAAAUGCAUGAGGACUUUGUCUCUGGCAAGUUCGGCGUUGGAUUUCCUGACAAAGCCGAAUGGGAUGCAUAUGUCGCUUUCCUCCAAGAAGAAAAAUUGCGGGCUCUCGGUGUAUCUCUAGGAGAUGAUGAGCCCAAGCCGUCUAUUUCGCCUGCUUUGAGCCAGAUGGCCUCCUUCCCAGGUCUCGUCUCAUCACCCCCGAUCCCAACGGCAUCAGCCGCCAGCAAUCCGUUGUCCAUGUCUCAUCACUUCUCACCGCAACUGAGCCAGCCAGGAAACCCUGCAACUGGCCUGGCUUCGCUGGCUUCUCCGGCCUCUCAGUUCAGUAUCCAGACGCCGUUCUUGGGAGUCGAUCAGAAUCUGAUACCACCGUACUCGAUGCCUUUUCAACCUACUCCGCCAGCACAAAAUUCUCUCACGCCUCAAAGUUUCUUCAACCCUCGACAACCUGGUGCCGCGUCUACCCUGGCUGGCACAUUACCUAACCUCACCUCAAUCCUGUCUCCUGUCUCUCCUCUGAAUGAGCAUGGCGCUUUUCACCCCGGCUUUGGCGAUCCCAACUUCGUUGACCCUGGUUAUGGCGAGCAUAUGGGCAUUCCAAAGGAAUCGUACGGCGAACACGACAUCCUUGCUAAUGCUGCCGAAGGGCAGCUAUUACGUCCUCUUCACACCCCCACGGAGAAUCUUGAUAACUUCCAUGCUUCUAAUGUUGAAAUUGCUCAACCGACGCCGCGCGGUCACAGUCAUGGCCACAAUCUGAGUGAGACUCUUCAGAAGGGACUGGACAACUUUGCGCCUGCCUAUCGCUUGGAAGAGUCAUUUGAUAGACAGCAGCUCGAAGCUAAUGACCGCGAUCAACAUCUGGGUCACUUUGAUGGUACUGAACUCCUGAAGUCUCGGUGGGCUUUUGGAGACAACCUGGGAGUCCAGCAGCUACCGCAGCACAUGCAUCAGUUCUACGACGGAAACUAUUCUGGAGAAAUCGCUCAUGAGGGUUCAGACAUUGAUACCAAUCCAAGCCUGUCGGGCACGCCCCGGCGCGCAGCGCAUGUCAACAAUGUGCCUUGGCAUCAGUCAAGACCUAGUGCUGGCUCUUACGUCGGCGGGCACCGUUCGAAGCUUUCCGCAUCUUCUCUCAAUGUUGAUGCUAAAGAAUUCAAACCCACUGCAGCGCCGACGUCCCAGGCGUUCACAUUCCAAGACAACUCUUUCCAAUUCCAAGCGGGCGGAAACCCCGUGUUUACAUUUGGUGGACAACCUGAAUUCAAGCCUGGCAACAAUGGCUUCGGUUUGAACGCUCCUCCUGCCUUCACCCCUGGGGUCCCCAACAACAACACGAAACGAACCACUGGGUCAGGCGAAUUCAAAUUCUCUACGGCUUCAUUCAAUGUUGCAGCUCCUGCAUUCAAUCCUGGUGGUAGCACUUACUCUGCUGCCACGCCGCAAGAAACUCCAAACACUCAGACCAAGAUUUUCAGCGACGUCGACCUUUCUCAGGCGUCGUCGAAAGCUUCCAAGAAAUCCAAGGCCAUUCCUAUUGUACGACCGGAUGAAGUCGACGAGGAUAGACGAAGCAAGGAUGAGGACGAACAUAACAGUGGCAGACCAGGCCGUCCAGACCGUCACAAGCGUGCUCGCCGUGGCGAGGAACUUUCAGAGACCGAGGCUCAGCUCAAUGUACCUGCUGCAUUAGCAGAAGCGAGCAACCUUCAGUCUUCUCAUUUGCGUCAGCCAUCCCACCAAUCUGCUGCUGGUAAGGAGAACAUUUUACCUGGCGAUGGAGGCGCACAUUCCGCUGUUCCAAAAACUCUUUCCGCGCAAGACGAGAAGUUUACCGCAAGGAAAGAUACUCCCAUCAGCGAGGCUUCGACCUGGAUUCCACAUGAGUCAAGGAUCGAGAGUAGUGUUGCUGUGCCGGAGUCUGAAUUGGAAAUCAAGCACACUGCGCCAGAGCCGUUCAGUCAGGUCCAAGAAACCAUUGAGCGCGACGCUGCCGAACACCAAGAACAAGUUAUCCCCGACUCUACCGACAAGAUCCUACCUUCUGCUGAGUUGGAAGCUACAUUUGCGAAGCAACCCACCAAGGCCGCUAGCCUACACGCCACACCAAAACGGGAGCGAAUCCCUGAGCCAGCUCAUGUGGAGGAUGAUGAUGAAGACUCUCCGGAUGAGGAAGAGCUUAAUGCUAUCAUGGAGCAGCUGAACGAUGAUUCGGACGUUGGCAUUGAGCGGAUAAGCACUCCUCAGCCUAAGAGCCAUGUUCCUGAAUCUGUCAUGCAUGUGACCAAGGAGAAACGCCACGUUCCAGCUGAUAUCAGAAGCGAGGCCCCAAGCCCAAGCCCGGGACGUGGUCCAGCCCCUAAUGCAUUGGACGUGCCCAAGCUUGACUUCGAGGCUCAAUCCCAAUUCUCUGCCUCUCCUUCAAAGGGUGCAGUUUCUGGCUUCCCUUCACCAGUCCGUCUACUCGUGAGCCGAACCGAGCACAUCAGUGAUUGGGAUGAUGUCAUCUCCUCGGGCGAGGAUGAGAAACUGGUGAACCGAAGUCGAUUCUUCGAUCGUCGAAUCAAUGAUCUUGUGGGUUCGACUAUCGACGAACGGCUGACGCCGCUAGAGCGAGCGCUCGGGGUGAUCCAGGAGUCUAUCAUGGCUCUCACCUCCGGCUCCCAUACCAGACUCUGGAGCGCAUCUGCCGACGGUGACAACAGUGAUGCUGACGAUGAAGAAGAUGAGUACGAAGAAAAUGCAUCUUUCAGUACCAGAUCUCAUCUACGUCAAAGAGAAAAGCUUGACAAGCUGAAGAGUGUCGUCCUGGAAGCACUAGCGUCUCACGCACCCCAACAGGUCAAAAAUGAACUCGCAGUCUCCGAAUUCGCCCAGCUGCGCGAAAGCGUUUCUGCGUUACAAGCCCUGACCAUUCAGAAGUUGUCGCAGGACCCAGCGGCCGAGCUCAGAGAGAUGAUGCAAGAGCUGAUGUCAACGCAGCGUGAUGCGCGCUCUUCUGAGACGGAUGAGGUCCCCACCGAAAGUCUGAUGCUUCAAAUCGAAGGUUUGAAGAACAUGCUUCGACUAUCUGAUGAGCGUGCGGACCAGGAGUACAAACUCCGAAGGGAGGCCCAAGACUCUGUUGCAGAACUGCAGCGACUCCUGAAGGUUGUCGAAGAGGAUGCUGUCCGUCACAGCGAGGCAGCAGAAUCUGCCGAGGCCCGGUUGCUGCACUUCAAAGCAGAAAAGAUCCCUUACUAUGAAACUGUUCAGCACAGAGCCGACACGCUGGAGCAGGAGCACAAAACGAUGAAACUCACUCUUGCUGAGCUUUCGUCCAAGAACAUCUCGCUUCAGGGCACUCUCGAUGAGUACAGGGUCACGGCCGAUAACUACAAACGUGACAGCGAACAAUCCAAGGCUGCUCUUGAGGAGGCCAAGACCGAGAACAAGAGUCUACAUGGCAUCGUUGAGCAGUUGAAAACACGCCUUGAAGACGGUAUGACCGUCCGGCAGAACCUCGGUAAUAAGCUGGAUCGUCUCCAGGAGGAGAUGGCGACUGUAAUUCGGGAUGUGACGCGUGAUCAAACCUCGUGGCGCCGACGUGAGGAAGAACUCAACUCCAAGUACAAUGAGUUGCGUGCUGCCUAUGGGCGGGAAUCGAAGCUGCGCGAGAAGCUAGAGUACGACAUCGAGGGCCUUGAGCAAAAGGAGCGCGAAGCGGCGAAGCUGAAGUUCAUUUUUGGUCAAUCUCAGCAGGAAAAUGCAAGGCUCGAAGAGCUAGUGGCCAACUUGCGUAUUCAGAACCACGACUUGGAGCUCAAAGCCGCUCGGUUCGAGCGUGAGUUCAAUGAGGCGCGCGAGAGCAGUCGCAUGGAGAUCCAACGCACCAGAAACUCACUGGAAUCGGAUCUGGAUGCCGCUAACAGCCAGGUGAACAUCGUUCGGGCUGAGUUGGAAGCACAAAUUCUUCGUCUACAAAGUCAAAUGGACAAUGUACGACUCGACAACGACACCGCUCGAGAACGUUACGAGCUCUUGUUAGAGGAGGCAGCUGAUAGUAAGGCCAAUGCCCUGGCAGCGGCCGCUCAAGCGCAAGAGCUGGCUGUUGAAGAGCAGCGCCGAAGCCACGAACGCGUUCUGAAUGACCUGCGGGAACGCCAUGCCCGUGCCCUGCACAAUGCCUCGGAAGAUAGACAGCGCGGCGAGGGUCAUCUCCUCGAGCGAUUGGCGUUGUCUGAAGACAAGGCCAACCAUCUUCAAGAACGUGUGCAGCAUCUGGAAGAGAGACUCCAGAUCGCCCAAGAAGCUGCUCGUGCUGCUGCCGAAGCAGCUCAGAGUGCCAAGGCAGGACCCAGCCCCGCUCCAGCAGCGCAAACCAGCACCCCUUCGAUGUCAUACCCCAAUGGAUCUAUGGUCCCUGAGAAGAUUUCUCCCCAGGCAUUGAGAGAAUCGAUUUUGGUUCUUCAGGACCAGUUGCAGCAGCGUGAGACCCGCAUCGAAGAGCUGGAGCAAGAGAUCUCUGCUGUCGACAAGGAUGCGCCCAACAAGAUCAAGGAGAGGGAUACUGAGAUCACCUGGCUGCGUGAGCUGCUUGGCGUUCGGAUCGACGAUCUCCAGGAUAUCAUCAACACCGUGUCACAGCCUGCCUUCAAUCAGAAUGCCGUCCGUGACGCUGCGAUUCGCUUGAAGGCUAAUCUGCAAAUGCAACAACAGGAAAGAGAAAGAAUGUAUUCUGGACAGGCUUUCCCGAGCCUCCCUUCGCUUGCGGAACUGACAGCUUCACCGCGCUCGCUUCCACUUGCGGCCGCGGCCGCCUGGGGCAACUGGCGCAAGGGGAGGGAAAGCGUCAGCUCUGAGCAGACUCCAUCCAAGCCGGGAGGUGCCGGCUCGUUUCUUUCCGGGCUCUUGACACCACCUGCCAGCCAUCUCCGCCAGACGUCCAACUCGAGUACGCUAGCGGCAGCGAGCGGUAGACGCCCAUCGGAGACUCGACCAUUGAGGAAGUAUGAUACGACGCCCAAGCAAUCAUCUACGCGCGCCAGCCGGAUGCGUGAGCUCCCUAGUACCCCGCCCCUUCUUCGACGGUCGAGCUAUGAUCACGACGCCGAACCAACCGAUUACGCACACAGCUCUUUUCAUGAAGAUGCAGAAAGCACGGCCGACGGCUUAGUAUCAGCCUCACCGCGGGAGACGAUCGAUGGGCCCUUCGGACCUGAGAUCGCAUCUUCUACCUCCUCUUAG